AUGAAAAAGCGGCAAAUCGAUUGGCUGUUACAUCGCUUCUUGCCGCAUCCUAUCCGCAGUAGCCAUGAUGCACGGUAUAUUUACGUGUUGUAUCUCGUGUGUAUCGAAGAUAUUGCACAUUUUAAUAAAAUUUUAUGACACAUAAUCAUGGCCUUUUAUCCGUAUAAUUUAGUCGAGUCGAUUGUGGACGAGGUUGCGUUGGAAGGAUUAGAUGGUAUUACUUUACAAGCAUUAUGGAUACGACUAGCAAACCGAUUUCAUGAUCGAUUACCAUUUCCAAAACCUUUUAUGGACCAAGUAUGGUCAAUAUGUAAAAAACUAAAAGAAUUUACAUUUUAUGAAUUAGUGACACCAAGAGAAUCACUUGUUAUAUUUGACCGUUAUGAAUAUGUGGAUCCUGAUUUUGGUAUUAUACUUGAACCACCAAAUGUUCCACCAGAUAUUUAUCCUCAUUGCCCAAUUAAAGAUCCUAAGGCAAGUGUGAAAGGUUCUUGUUCAUCAUAUUAUACAAGAAAAAACAUCAAAGACAGUGUGAAGAAUGCAAGCCUAGACGAAGUAACAGAAAAAUAUGGAUUGAGUUUAGUAAUUGUAGCAUCUCAGUCAGUCAGGACACGAGCCUUAAUGGAUUCCAGUGUAAGUCCAACGUUGGGGCUAACAAUCAUGCAUUAUUGUUUUCUGGAAAGAGUAGGCAGAUCCCGCUAUCAUGGUGAGGUUACUCAGGGGAAGCUUAGUUUAGCUGCACUUAACGAGGAUCCAAAGAGCUUGUUCUAUCACCGAAAAUUCCUACUUCACCAUAAGCUAAUCACAAAGCAAGUACAUCAUCAGAAAAGCGCCGGCCACUGCGGCAAUGGCAGUCUACUGCACCUACCGCGUUUUUACGUGGAACGAAAGCCAAAAAUGACUUACUUAGCGGAACAGGUGCUGAAACUUCUACGAUCUAAUGAGAAUGGCGUAGUGGAGUACGAUGAGAUUAAAAAGAAGCUCGGAAUCGAGAAUUCGAUCAAGAAGCUAUUUAAAACAUCUUUCUUUCAAAAAAUUGUCAAGACAGAUCUUUGUGUACCAUAUAGAACCUUGUAUCCCAACGCAGAGCCCAGUGAAUGGCGUCAAAAACAGGAUCCUUCGAAAGAGAAGAAAAUCAGAGUGGUGCAAGUGAUAUUUCCAGACGUGGAUAUCGCUGACUUGUGGAAUAAGGAGGAAAAGGAUGACGACGAAGAUGUUAUCGAGCUGGAUGUCUCCAAUCACAAAUUCAAAGUUCCAUAUCUGAAACAAGCAAACGCUAUCGUCGAGGCGAGCGAAUUGGAUGGCAUAGCUCAAGCUCAACUAGGCAAGCAGAUGGGCCUUACCAAGUUACAGGCUAGAGCAUUUCUAAGGAACUUGGUCAAAGUAGGUAUUAUCGCGACGUAUAUGAACGACAUGGGUCGACAAAGAAUCACGAAAUACGUGUCGAAGAAAUUUGAAGAGCGUAGCAAGAUGAGUAAACAAUUUAAUAAGGAAAUGUACAAAAUCAAGGAACUUACUAAAAAGAUGAUCAGCGAAAAGGAAAAAACCAAAGAAAACUCUCAAGAGGAGGACAAAAAAACUCACAUGGAGCAAGAAGAUAAUCAGACAUCUCAUUUGGAUAACGACAAGAAUUCGAUCAACGUUGAUACUUCGCUCGUCGAUAAAAGUACACGUGAAAAUUGUGUAAGAGUCAGUGCAGAGCUGAAAAAUAAGUUCUACGCGGUCAACAGUAUUCUUCGCAAGUAUCGCUUGAAAUUUCGAUAUAAGUGCACGACGUCGGAAUCCUUAAAUAUGACUCUCAAAACCGCCACAAAGGAAGAGAAAUUCGGUGUUUCGUCUGUAUCGAUGCAACAAAUCGCGAAUAAUGCCAAGGCCACAUCGUUAUACAAUAGUAUCAAGACGAAUCUGACAAUGCAGAAGCCCAUUCGUACUGGCAGUGGAGUCAACGAAGUCUUCGGUUUCAUGGAAGUCGUACAGAAUUGCGAGAAAAAAAAUAUGUACAAUAUUACAUAUAGAUUACUGCGUCGAGCCAACAUGAUUAUCGAAGCGGUGAAAGAACACCAGGUGAUAGACGACAUGACCAAACUCAUGAAGAUGAUCUGCGAGGAAGAGGACAAAGAGGGUUACGAAGUGAAAAUCGAUAAGAAGUCUCUCAUAAGGUUACUGCAGAAGCUCGCUAAGGACAAUCUAGUGAAGAAUAUCAAGCUAACUUUGAGUGCGAACGGUCGCGAGAAGAACCUAACUUUUAUCUGCGAUCCGAACAUCGACACGGAUCACACCGUAAUCAAAUCAGCCGUCGAGCAAGCGAAGCUGAAAUUUUGCUUGAUGGGAUCCCAAAAACUAAAAGUGCCCGCGAAAAAAAUAAAUCAAGGAUCCUCAGAUAAGCAGGACAAAGCGGACAAAUCAGACUCCAAGGAGCGAUCGCUUGAUUUCAGUAAAACUACUGUGAAUUUCGAAUACGAUCCAACAGCUGGCAAACGCUACGGUCUUAGCCCGAAGUUUGUCAAGAUGAAAACGAUGCACGUCGUACUCUUCUAUCUAGUCUACGAUCACGUCGGCGUGCCGAAAGUAUCUCAACAAGAGCAGAUAAAGAUCCUGCGGUCCAGCGGCUACGACAUCGACGACGAUCUUGUCCGAGAAUUCAGUACUAUUUACAGCACCGAAGUGAGUUGGAAGAUGUUUGUUCCACCCUUGCCCAAGCAUGGCGGCUGGCCCGAAGGUUGGGCGCUGAUGUGCGACGUUCUCAUGAGCCUGCCACUGUCAGUCUUCGUCAAGGUGUAUAACAUCAAGUAUAUCAUACCAGACUUUGAUUAUUACUUGAGCCAUCCUAUCAGGAAGCAUUACCUCGUAAAAAAUCUACCAGCUGAUAUACGAGACGCUCUUCUACAUGCACGGAAAUACAUAUUUAACAUUCACAAUAUAGUGUCCAAGUUAGGUUAUAUCGGUUUGGUCCAGUUUGGCCCACAAAGACUCAAGGACAAAGAUCAGGUAUUCAUCUACGUGAAUCGACGCACGGAACUCAUGGACACGGUCUCCUCAGCGCCAAGCUACCACAAUGUCGAGGACAAAGAGUAUCCAGUGACAAAGUACUUCUUCGAUAAUGUACAGACCGUUGAGAAAUACUGGUAUGACAUGUGGAAUAUCUGCGUUAACACUCCGUUAGGAGGUAGACUAGUUGUACACGGUAAAGAUAUCGUAGUCGAGGAUCUGGAUAAGAAAAACCUCUUAGUAGAGGCGAUUGUGGCACGCAAUCCAAAGGAAGCUGCGAAUAUGGAUACCGGCGUUGUUCCCGGAGAUCGUAAAGGCGCAGCUGGUAUUGACUCUGCUUUCUUUGCACAUCUGAAGCGUAAUUGGAACUGGGCGACCAACUAUUCCAUGUAUCAGACGAAGACUUCGCGAAACUCUGAGGCCAAGAAACGUGGAAAAUCCGGUCAACGAGAUCUGCAUCUGUCAAAAAUUCAAAUGAAACCAGUCAGAUAUACGGAAUAUAUAGGCCUGAAGAAGGUCUCUGGACCACCAGCGCCCGCUAUUAGCGCCGAAUUGCGGAAACAGAUGUACGAUUACAUCAACAAGCCGACCGACAUAGGUCGCAUAAACGAGGUUUUGUUGUCGCAUCAGAGCAGCAGGGAGAAGUCAGUUGUGCGGCGAGUGAUGCCGCGCAAGAGAAGCAGUCGACCGCGUCUUAAAUACGACGAGGAUGACUACCAGGCGAUGCAAAUGAUGCCCAAGUUACGAGCGGACUGGGAGCAGCACGAGGUCAAUAUUCUACUGGUGUGUAAAAUAGCAAUAACAUACCUCUCGCCUAAUCCACGCAAACACUUGGUUAAUUUCAUGGCAGUGAGGGAUGUGCUCCGCACGUAUUCUUGCACGUCGUACAACAAGACUUCACGUGCCUGCCAGCGUCGACUGAUGUAUAUGUUGCGACAACAAUGUACAAUCAACAGCCUCGCGCUCGGUGUUGAGGAGAUAAAACAGGAUCCGUUCAUCGACGAACGUUACAAUGGUAUUUUGGACAGAUUGAAAAGCGAAUGUUCAAACACAACGGAAUACGAAAAACGAGUGACGGAGGUGUUCAAAGAACUCGUCGACUUUAUCAUGAAGAAGUACUACGACAUUGCGAAUAUCAAGCCUAACAAGCACAUAGCGAUGCCAAAGACCGUGCACGAGUUCAAUCUCUUGUUCAAGACGAUCUAUCCGACAGCGAAACCAUGUCAAAAUGAGGGCUACAGGAAGGAUGUUCGUAACAUAUACGACAUCCAUUCGGCGACUAUUAAUUCGGUUAUACAUAGCGCUAUGUACUGCGCAAGAAGCAAACGUUCCUGGGCUUAUGAGAUUUUUAAGAUAUACCAGCAUUAUUCAGAAGCACUUAUGGUGCCAGUGAUAGUCAAAUUGAAGGCGGACAAAAUGGUGACCGUAAAGAAAAAUCAUGUAUCCGCCCUCAAGAAGGACGGCAACUACGUACCGAUGAGCAGCGCGCAAUACAAGUUCAGUGCCCAGUACGAAUACAAGUUCCAUACGAAGUGGUCACAGGAUGUAUUCAAGGGCACCUCCGAUAUUUUUUCGAAGUUACUACAGCACUAUGUGGAGAAGAAAAAGGCCGUUACUAUUGCGGAGCAAGAAAGUGUCAGCAACGGCGGCAUCGAAAUCCAGCCGGUUUCUAGCAGCAUAGUCAUGACCAUACACGAUCUUCUAGGAUGCAACCAGAUUGACUUCGACAUUGAGAUGCCGGAACAGAUAAUCAUGUUGGAUUCCCGGUAUCAAGAUAAGGACGAAACUUACUUCAGGGUCGCACAACGAUACCAGGACAUUAUGACGAGACUCUAUCGCUUUAAGUUCGGAAAUGCCGCAGCUCAAAAUGCUAGAACUCGGGAACUCGAUGACAUGGAAACGAAUGAGAAACUGAAAGAUCUUGCAACAAAGAAGAGGCCUAUGAGCUUUAAAAACGACGAUCUCGGGGAGCCGAGUUCAAAGAUUCCCCGUAAAGACGAAGAUUGCAAUGAAGGAAAAAUGGAAAAAUCUUCGAAGAAUCAGCAAAACAAAGUUGUAACUGAAAAUAAAUCUAUCGACAAGAACGUUGAUCUCGAGGAGCUCACAUUGAAGAGUCAUUCCAAUGUUCAUGUGUCUACAGAAAAGGAUUGUGCUGAACGUUCAUCAAAAAAGAGAACCAUUGAUAUAGAGGAGGAUUCUAUCGAUUGCGAGAAACCAUUUUUAAAAAGACCAAGGUUAUAUUCCGAUGAUUCAAUGGAUUUGCCGGACGCAGAAGAACUCGAGGAAACGAAUUUGUACGAGGAUCUUAAAAACAUCGAGAAGAUGAAGAUCGCUAAUAAAUCUUUGCAGAUGAAAGUAUUAGCAGAGGAGCAAUCGAAGAAACAACCUUCAGUAAACCAACCGAACUGCUCAAUCGACCUGACUGCGAUUCCUCGACGCGUGAAUGAGAUCAUAAAAAACGUACCCCUUGAGACAAACUAUUUGAAUUCUUACUGUAAGAUCGAUGACACAAACGACCUACAGAAAAAGUACACUAGAAUAGCCAUGUUAAGAAUGAAAAAGGACUUGGAUGACUUCACAACCGAUAGCCAUCACGCACACGAAUACUUUGUAGUUAAUGCUUUCAAAAUGUUCUAUUGGUUAGAUCUAUCAUCAUUAAAAGCAAUAUCAGUGUUGAGUGAUCAAAACGAGAAUGAGGAAAGUAACUUGAUACCUGAUCAACUAGUGCCGUUGAAGAAAGAGGUCAUAAACAAAGUGCUCAAUGAGGUAAAUCAUUUUGCGAUUUUCCCAAAGACUGUCAUUUCGUAUAAGGAUUACAAGGACGAUAUGAUAGCGAACAAGAAGGAAAUAGCGGUUGCCUGGAAGCAAGUUGAUGCAGUGUGCAAGUUUGUCCGAGAAAAGAAAGAAGUCGGUGCAUCUAUGCAAGAUUUAAUGAACGAGUUUUCUCACGAGCAAGGCACAGACUUGUAUACUGUUGUUACACUUUUAAUAGAAAAUCGCAUAAUUUUACGCUCUGGUGUCACUGGUCCACGCUACAUUCAUCAUUAUCAUGUGGAUCCUUGGCUGACUCAUUCGUGCAAGAUAUAUCGACUGGAACAAGAAGCUUUGGGGCCUUUCAAAGAUAGCAUAUAUGCUACGAUGCCGCACGGGAAAAUAGUCAACACAGAUUUUGAGACUGAUGAGAAAGACACAGAUAAGAAACUGGACAAUCAAGAAGAUAAGGAGAAAAUCGAACCAGAUGAAGAAAAAGUGGAUGAUGAUUUGGAUAACGAGGAAAAUAAGAAGAAGAAAGACAAUGAGACUAAUGAGGAAUGCGAUACACUUACAAGAAGAAGGACGCAACGACAGAGAACAUACUCAUCUUCACAAAAAGACAAAUCCAUUGCACAGUUACCGAACUUACCGGCCGAGGAAAUAAAAGUUGUUAUAAGACCGUGGAUUCGCAUUGACGGCGUUUUGAACCGAAAAGUAUUAGAUAAAAUGCUGGGAGCGGUUCUGGGUUAUUCCUUGCUUUAUCCCGGACUUACUAUGACGAAAUUACAAAAUCGAUUCAUACCUGCUUUACAACCUUUCCAUACGCGUGAAUUAGUUGAGAUACUAAUAAAGCUGGGUUGUUUAAAAAGUAAACUCUUGAAGAAAACUCGCGUUACUCUAUUCUCCAAACCGUCAAUGCUUAAAAUGAGUGAUAUAAAGGCCACUGCCAUCACCGAAAGAUCGCCGAAACGCACGGCCGUUCCGGAGCUGAAAUCGUCCUCGAACGGAAUUUCCGGCCGACUGUCAAGCAGUGAACGUGCCAGCGAGAUGCCAGCCCUGACGAGAGUUUGUUCCCCUGCGACAUUGCCGAGGCUCAAGAGAUUCCGUUUCCGACCGAUCGAUGCGCCGACCCCAGGACCGUGCCACGACGUGAGCAUCACCGACGUGAAUUCCAAUCAUCACCAUCACCUUCCACCACACAAUCAGAACGAACAUCGGCCUCAGGACCGAAAUUCGUCGUCCUCCUCGAUGUCUACUUUACUAUGUUGCGAGCCAGUGUCAGCUGGCCGGCCACGGGCCAAUCUCAAGCUCGUGCUGAAUCGCAGCCUGAGCGAGCCAGGACCGAAUCCCUGCAGCUUCCCUGCUUCGCCCACUGUCUCGCCGAUCAGCCCCCUCGUUAACAACGGUAACCCUAUCGACACACCGGACAUCAUCGACGAGGAGACGAACGGCGACGGUGUCGGUAGCGACACCGACGAUCCUCACCGUCGUUACCAUCAUCUCCACUAUCACCAUCAUCAUCACCACCAUCAUCAUCAUCACCAUCAUCUCCUUUCGGCCAACACGAAGCGCUGCAAACUGGAGACCGUCAGUCUGCCCAAUAGCCCGUGCGCGGAGAACGGUACCCUCCAUCGUCAGCUGGUACUAAGUAAGACUCGUGUUAUCACUUCCGGCGAAUUGGCCCAGCGUCUCGCGGUCGAGCGACCCGCCGCCGCUCCGGUGAUCCUCGACUGCCGACCAUUUAUACUAUAUAACGUCAAUCACGUGCGCGGCGCCAUCAAUGUCAACUGCUCGGAUCGGUUCAACCGACGCAGGCUGCAGCUGGGUAAAGCCACGCUCGCCGAUCUUGCAACCGCUCGCGAAGGCAAGGAGCUACUCAGGAAAAGGCAGUUCAGAGAGGUUGUAGUGUACGACGAUUGCACCGAUGACCUGGAACAUCUGCCCGCUCAGCACCCGCUGUUCCUGGUAUUGGCCGCGCUCGUGGACGACGAUCAAGAACCGGCUUUGCUGAUCGGUUCACGUUCCACUGACGCGCUACCUGCUACCUCGCACACCGUGCACGUAAAAUCUGCACUUAUGUGACAUUUUCGAGUCGAGGGAAAAAAAAUCCUCAAGUGACAACAAUGCUCUGUACAGAGCGCACUAUAAUAAAAAAGACGCGCAGAGAACCCGAAAUAUGGACACUCCAAGUUAAAAGUCAAAAUAUUUGUGGAUAUAUCAAUAUAAAAAUAAAGUACAAUAACAGGAUUUAAGGUAUGGAAA